AUGGAAAUUAAGAUCGUUGGACUUCGAAACGUAUGGAGAUACACGGAUAAGCCACGAUCUCAGACACAUGGCCUGUUCGUAUACUUCAUGACAGUUAUUAGCAACUGCAACUCUUCGUACUCGAAAUUCCGUGGUGGAUUCCACAGAAUCUUCUUCCCGAACAUUCAAGCUCGAAAUCGGGAAAACACAAUUUGCCCUUGUAAGCUGUGGGGCACUCUACAGAGGAAGCCCGGGACAACAUCGAACGGAGCCGAACGUGAGAAUCGAAUGGGAGGUGAAAAACAAAGGAUGAAGCUACUUCUGUUCACCUUGUUCACAGUCGCAGUAUCUGUCGUUCGAGCCCACGAGCCGCUAGAAGACAUCAAGGAUGAAGUGAUCAUGACUUUGCAGGAAUCCCCUGAGACGAAGAAAUCACUCGAAGAGAGAAUCAAGGUUUACGACUCCACUUAA